GGCGGCGGGAGGGGGAUCCCGGCCCCCCGUGCGCGUGACGUCGCCGCGUCUCGCGCCGCUCCGGGCCGGCGGCCGCGGCCCCCGCCCACCCCUGUGUGGGUGCAGGCAGGAGCAUGGGCCAGCAAUGCUGCCUGGGGCUGGCCUGGCCAUAGGAGCCACGUGGCACGGGGCAGACCUGCCAAGGAGCCAUCCCAAGCCCCCUCACAGGGUCUGUGGUAGAGAACCACUGACAGCAGCGAGGGUUGCUCAACCCACAGCUCUCGGAAGUGAAGCAAGCAACUGGUUCCCAUUGCACCUUCCCAGGUAUUUUCCCAUGUUUCGGCAUGAAGCUUGGCUAGAAGCAAAAUGAGCGUGCCAGGGGAAGAUGCCUGCUGGGCCCAGCGCUCGCUAGCCCAGAGCUGAGGCGCGGUCACCCGCCUGCGUGGAGGAGAACAGCAUGCGGGUCACCAUGAGGAGGAUCUUGCUGGUGGUGGGCUCGGCGGUCGCCCUGAUGGUGACCCUGCACCUCGGCCAGCAGGUCCUGGAGUGCCAGCACGUCCUGAGCGAGAGGAGGCGCGGGCUGAUGAGACCCGAGAACGAGGAGCUGGUCAUGAUGGACUCCAACCGCGUCGAGUACCGCUACAGCAAGGAGAUGCCGCUGAUCUUCGUGGGCGGGGUCCCGCGCAGCGGCACGACGCUGAUGAGGGCCAUGCUGGAUGCGCACCCCGAGGUGCGCUGCGGCGAGGAGACGCGCAUCAUCCCGCGCGUGCUCGCCAUGCGCCAGGCCUGGGCCAAGUCCGGCCGCGAGAAGAUGCGCCUGGACGAGGCGGGGGUGACGGAGCAGGUGCUGGACGCUGCCAUGCAGGCGUUCAUCCUGGAGGUGAUCGCCAAGCACGGCGAGCCCGCGCGCUACCUGUGCAACAAGGAUCCCUUCACGCUCAAAUCCUCCGUGUACCUGUCCAGGCUGUUCCCCAACUCCAAGUUCCUGCUGAUGGUCCGGGACGGCCGUGCCUCGGUGCACUCCAUGAUCACGAGGAAGGUGACGAUAGCGGGCUUCGACCUGAGCAGCUACCGGGACUGUCUGACCAAGUGGAACAAGGCCAUCGAGGUGAUGUACUCGCAGUGCCUGGAGAUCGGGCGCUCCCGCUGCCUGCCCGUCUACUACGAGCAGCUGGUGCUGCACCCCGAGCAGUCCCUGCAGGCCAUCAUGAAGUUCCUGGGCAUCUCCUGGAGCGACACGGUGCUGCACCACGAGGAGCUCAUAGGGAAGCCCGGCGGGGUGUCGCUUUCCAAGAUAGAAAGAUCGACAGACCAGGUGAUCAAGCCGGUGAACAUGGAGGCGUUGUCCAAGUGGAUCGGGCACAUCCCAGGGGACGUGCUACAGGACAUGCCCCACAUCGCGCCCAUGCUCGCGCGCCUGGGCUACGACCCCUACGCCAACCCGCCCAACUACGGCCACCCCGACCCCCUGGUUGUCAACAACACGCACAGAGUUUUAAAGGGGGAUUAUAAGACACCAGCCAAUUUGAAAGGUCAUCUGCAGGUGGCUCAGAACACAUCAUCUUCUCACUAAGAAAGUUAAUGAUUUCCAGGAGCUGCGGCCGCCCCUGCUGCCGGCAGAGGAGGGCUCGGCAGCGGCUGCCGUGGGAAUGGCGUCUCCAAGCACAUUGCUUGCUGCGGCCGCCGCGGGAAUGGCGUCUCCAAGCACAUUGCUUGCUGCGGCCGCGCCGAAGCCGCUGCUCGGCGAGGGACCGAGUUAUUUGCAUUUCUUUGCAAAGGCGGAACGCGCCGCACGCUGGAUCCUCGCCGCGGGGCUCGGGCGGCCGUGGCCGUCCCCGUCCCUCCCGCCGUGGGCUCACGCUGACGCUCGUCGAAUCGCCUCGAAACGCCCCAAAACGGCGGCAGCGGCGCUGCGGGCCCCGCGCAGCCUGUGUCGUGGCAGUGUGUGUCCGUCCCGUCCCUCCCCCCAGCGUCCCCAGCCCCUCGCCGCGGUCGCGGAGCCUAUCGCAGAGUUAAUAUAUGAGUCAGUGUGAGCCGCGGCCCCGCCGCGCGUUAA